GAAACAAUUUUAAGCCUUACCUACUUUUUAUCUAGGGUUUCACCACCAUUAAUACCCAACCAUUCCACCCCUCACGAUCAUCGAACACAAUUUCUUUGUUUUUUAAACUUACUGAUCUCAAAUGUCGAUGGAGGUAGAAGGAGGAGGCAUAUUUCAGGUUUGUGUGUGAAUCUAAAGCAUUCUCAAUCAGGGACCAAUUUGAUUUUGGGGAUUUUGUAUUGGUGUGCGUUAGAUUCACGCACAAACUCGUAAUCUUCCUUUUUCAGUUAUUGUUUUUCCUUUUCUUUAAAAUUUCAAUUAGUUUCUUCAGCUGAAGAGAGAAGAUGGAGCUGUAGAUGAACAAAACUGCAAUUUUGACCGAUAAUUGGGAAUUACAAUGUGAAGCAGGGGCAAAUUGGAACUUGAAACUUAAAUUGGGCUGAAGUGAAAAAAAAAAAGCAUUGUGGUUGUGGAUGUGACACAUGGCUGCUAUUAGGUCUCUUGAGUGUGUGGCUGGCCUAUGGUUCUCUUGCUCGACUAUAAAAAAGAAAAGAGAAAUGAGAAAAUUAUUAGUUGUAUAUUUGUUUAGAAUUUAAAUGAUAUCUUAUGAUCUCAAAAUCUUAAAAUAUAGGGCAUGUAAAAUCUUUGAUUGUUUAUUAAUUUUUUAAUCUAAUCCAAAACCAAACCCAAAUUUAACCAUAACCCAAAUAAUUAAACUUUUUCACAUUUUUGGCAUUUUUAAUCUUAUUAGAGAAAUUUUAAAAAUGAGUAAUUCUACAACAUAUAUAUUAAAAAUAUUUUUACGGUAUCGAUAACUUAAAAAAAGUGAUUGAAUUUUUAAGUUUUUUUAUUUUAAAAAUAUUAAUCUUUGUAUUCCUUAAAAAAAAUCAUUUUAUUAUUAGUACAUGAGACUAUUAAUAUAUGAGACUUUGUAGAACACUAAAGAUAAUGAUAAAAUGGGUAAUAUGAGGUUCUUCCUUUGUAUGAAAGUGAGAAAACAGAGCUUCCAGUUUCAGUUGUAAAGGUCACAUGUGGAAAUAUUGGGUCACUUGUUGAGCAUAGACAUAUAUCAUCUGUGGCAUCGCAUAUCCAUGAUACACUAUAAAUGUCACUAUCACUUACAGUACACCAACGUAUCUCGUAUCUCCUCUUAAGUUGGAACUAUUCAAUCUUUUCUAUCUUUUUCUUGAAUCAAUGAUCCAAAGUGAUUCACUUAUCAUGUACCCUUAUCCUUUUUUUUCUAUCUCUGCGUCUACUGUCUUCAACAAUCACUAUAAUUCUACUGGGGUUUUAGCUUGGAUAAUCAGGUAUGACUAUGACUGUUAUGAAGUUUUGCUUCUACUAGAUUUGAAUGAUUGAUUUUGUGAUGUGGGAUUUUGCUAGUUAUGGUGUUUUAAAAUCAGGGACAUGUAUGAAAUGGUUUUGAUGUUGAACGUUUAUUAAUGGGUUGUCUUCUUUUGUAGUGCAGACUAUUUGUUUGUGAAAAUGCUUCAAUGGACUAAUGUUGUGAAAUUAGGAACUUUAGAAUAGCAAAUACUAAUUAUUCAACUAAACUUUUUUAGGUGAAUUCUCACUUGGGGCUCUUUAUAAUCUCUGCAACAAAUCUAACUGGGAUGAGGUUUUAACACCUGAAGGGUGGAUGUUGCAGCUGAAGCCACGAGUGUCAGCUUCUGUAACUCUUGGCCAAGCCAUUUUUGGACAAACAUGUAUUUACAAUUAGCUGACAUCAUAGAGCCAAGUUUUAUCUUGUAAUCCCAUUCAAAACAAUUCAAAAUGGUGUUGGUGGCACCACCAGUGUCAUGCUCCUACCAGCCACCUCUAACUUACAGAACCAAUCAUUCUCCUCAAUCAAGCCCCACACCAAAAUUAGAUGUAUCCUUCUCUCUCACUCAAAAAACCAAUACAACUCAUAAGUCAGCUUGGCUUCAAGAGAUAAACAAGCUCUGUCAAUCUGGAAAGCUCCCUGAGGCUAUGAAUCUCCUUAAAAACAACUCUCAAGAUGGUGUUUCAGGGUACUCUCGGAGGGAGGCCAUAGGGGUCUUGUUGCAGGCCUGUGGAUACCAGAAAGAUAUGGAAACUGGAAACAAAGUCCAUGAACUGGUUUCUGCAUCCACCCAGUUCAGAAAUGACAUUGUUCUUAAUACUCGUCUUGUUACCAUGUAUUCCAUGUGUGGGUCUCCUUCGGAUUCUCGUUUGGUCUUUAAUGGGUUACAGGAGAAGAACUUGUUCAUGUGGAAUGCACUCGUUAGUGCUUACACUAGGAAUCAACUAUAUGAUGAUUCGAUCAACAUGUUCAUCAAGUUGAUUUCAGAGACUGAUUUUAAACCAGAUUAUUUCACACUCCCUUGUAUGUUUAAGGCCUGUGCUGGUAUUUUUGAUGUGGGGUUGGGGCAGGUGUUUCAUGGGAUGGCAAUGAAGAUGGGUUUGUUAUUGGAUGUUUUUGUGGGCAAUGCAUUGGUUGGCAUGUAUGGGAAAUGUGGGUGUUUAGAGAAGGCAGUUCAAAUCUUUGAGAAAAUGCCUAAGAGGAACUUGGUUUCUUGGAAUUCGAUGAUUCGUGGAUUUUCCAACAAUGGUUUGUCUUACGAAUGUUAUAACUUACUGCUAGCGAUUUUGGGGGAAGAUUUUUUACCGGAUGAUGCUACAAUAGUGACUCUGUUACCGGUGUGUGCUAGUGAGGGAGAUGUAGAUAUAGGAAUGAUGAUUCAUGGUUUGGCAGUGAAGUUGGGGCUGAAUGAAGAAAUGAUGGUGAAAAAUGCCUUGAUGGACAUGUAUUCAAAAUGUGGAUACUUAUCUGAAGCUAUGAUCUUGUUUGAUAUGAACAAUAAGAAAAAUGUGGUUUCAUGGAAUUCUAUGAUCGGAGGUUUCUCUAGGGAAGGAGAUAUAUAUGGAACAUUUGAUCUUUUGCGACGAAUGCUAAUAGAAGACAAGAAUGUGAGGCUGGAUGAGAUCACUAUAUUGAAUGUGUUACCAGCUUGUUUAGAGGAGAAGGAGCUAGAAAGUUUGAGGGAAAUUCAUGGUUAUUCAGUCAGACAUGGGUUUCAUGAUGAUGAAAUGGUAGCAAAUGCUUUUGUUGCAGCCUAUACCAAGUGUGGAUCUUUGAAUUAUGCUCAGCAUGUCUUUUAUGGUAUAGAGACUAAGACUGUGAGCUCUUGGAAUGCACUAAUUGGUGGCUUUGCACAAAAUGGUAGUCCAAAGAAGGCUUUAGAUUUUUACUUUGAAAUGAAAGAUGCAGGGUUGGAUCCUGACUGCUUUACCAUUGGUAGCCUUAUUUUAGCUUGUGCUCAUUUGACGUUUAUGCGUUAUGCCAAUCAAAUCCAUGGAUUUGUUCUACGUAAUGGGUUAGAAUGUGAUUCAUUUAUUGGCAUCUCUCUAAUGUCUAUUUACAUUCAAUGCAACAAAAUAUUAUAUGCUCAGGCAUUGUUCUCUAGGAUGGAUGAUAAAGAUCUAGUAUGUUGGAAUACAAUGCUAACUGGUUACACUCAGGUUGAACUACCUGAUAAAGCUCUUCAUCUCUUUCGUCAAAUGCUUUCUAGUGGAGUCCGACCAUAUGAGAUCGCAGUCACAAGUGCAUUUGAGGCUUGUUCGCAACUGUCAGCUUUGCGUCUGGGAAAAGAACUACAUUGCUUUGCCUUAAAAGCUAACCUAAUGGAAGACAUAUUUGUUGGUUGUUCUACCUUAGAUAUGUAUUCAAAGAAUGGCUGCAUGGAACAAGCUCAAAUGCUCUUUGACAGUUUGAGCGAAAAAGAUGUUGCAUCAUGGAAUGUUUUAAUUGCAGGAUAUGGACUCAAUGGACAUGGAAGCAAGGCCUUGGAGCUGUUUGAAGAAAUGUACAGAUUGUGGCUGAAGCCUGAUAGAUUUACAUUUAUUGGAGUUUUAAUGGCUUGUAGUCAUGCUGGAAUGGUCAAAGAAGGCUUACAAUAUUUCAAUGAGAUGCAGGAUUUGUUUGGAAUAGAACCAAAAUUAGAGCAUUAUGCAUGUGUAGUGGACAUGUUAGGCCGAGCUGGCCGAAUAGAAGAAGCUCUAAAACUCACAAGCAAGAUGCCUGAGGAAGCAGAUGCUAGAAUCUGGAGCUCGUUGCUUAGUUCCUGUAGGAGUCAUGGCAAUUUGGAAAUGGGGGCCAAAAUCGCGCAGCGAUUGCUGGAGUUGGAGCCUGAAAAGGCAGAGAACUAUGUCUUGGUGUCAAAUUUGUAUGCUGGAUCAAGGAAAUGGGAUGAUUCGAGGAGAGUGCGACAGAGGAUGAAGAAGACUGGUCUACAGAAAGAUGCUGGGCGCAGCUGGAUCGAACUUGGAGGGAAGGUAUACAGCUUCUUUGCUGGCGAUGAUAUGCUGCCAAGUUCUAGGGAGAUUAGAGAGAUGUGGAGAAAUUUAGAGGAGAAGAUAACCGAGCUCGGAUAUGUACCAAAUACAAGCUGUGUGCUUCAUGAGCUAGAAGAAGAGGAAAAGAUUGAGAAACUAAGAGGGCACAGUGAGAAGCUUGCAAUUUCUUUUGGAUUAUUGAAGACAGGUAAAGGGUCAACUAUAAGAGUAUGCAAGAAUCUUAGAAUUUGUUUAGAUUGUCAUAAUGCAGCCAAGUUGAUAUCGAGAGCAUUUAAAAGGGAGAUAGUAGUGAGAGACAACAAGCGUUUUCACCAUUUCAAAGAUGGCCUUUGUUCUUGUUCAGAUUAUUGGUAGAGAAUAAGUAUGAUGUAGAUGACAAUGUUUAUUCUUGUAAUUACAUAUUCUUUCCAAUAUCAUUCAUAUCUUGACAAAAACUGAACCGAUUGAGAAGUUGAAA